CAGGCACGCAGACUAGACCGGUGAAUCUGAAGGCGCCACAAUGUUUAGCAUAAAAGAAGUAGGAUUCCGAAAAUAACACAUCGAGAUAGUAUUUGGUCUCCUUUGCCUAUCCCAUGGGGAGGCUCAUCUGUUUUAGCGGGGAGUCGAAGCACGUGCGGGUACCAAUCACGGCUCAAAAGGCUCCGAUGGAUAAAAAACCGAUUCCUGGACUUUCGAUCCAGCCUCCGCACUUUAUCUCGAGCCGGGCCGUCGGGCUUGCUAUUUUCCACCUACUAGGAUACGCGCAUGGAUAGUAGCCGCCUGAAAAUAAGACCGCCAUACGGGAACCAUUGCGGUGUGUAUGCCGUCUGGUUCGAAAGACUAAAAAAUAUAGAAAAGAGUAACGGCGAUGAGCUAUAAUACCCAUGAUCGUCGCUUCACUAACUAGUAAUAACUUUCGUCAAUAUGAAGUUCUUCAUCACAGCAUUAGGUCUCGUUAGCCUCGCAACGGCUCAAGAGUACUCCCCAACACCAACAACAUGCGUCGUUAACAAUGCGACAUACCCGAAAUCAGCGAAACUUCCGGACCCGUUCCUUCUCGCUGAUGGUAAACGACUCGGAACAAAGGACGAGUGGGCCUGUAAGCGAGCCGAGAUACGAGAUCAAAUCCAACGUUUUGAACUCGGCCCGAAACCCCCCAAACCGACAGUCUCCGCUACGGCUUCCAGUGGCAAGAUCAACAUCGUCAGUUCCGAAGGCGGAAAAUCGGCAUCGUUUUCCGUUUCGCUAAAGCUACCUAGCGGAACGGGUCCAUUCCCGGCUGUCAUCGCUUUCGAGAGUUCAUCCAUCCCCGUCCCCGCUGGCGUCGCAACUAUAACAUUCCCUAAUCAUGAUGUGGCCGCUGAUGACCCACACGGAAAGGGAAAAUUCUUUGAUCUAUAUGGUUCAUCGCACACUGCAGGUUCCCUGAUAGCUUGGGCUUGGGGCGUUAGCCGAGUCAUCGAUGCAUUAGAACAACUAGGACCUGAUACCACUAAGAUCGAUACCAAGCGACUCGCUGUGACGGGAUGCUCUCGUAAUGGCAAGGGAGCGCUGAUUGCAGGUGCUUUUGAUGAUCGCAUUGCCUUGACAAUCCCUCAAGAAGGUGGUAGCGGAGGGCCGGGGUGUUGGCGCAUCGUGGCCGACUUCAAAAAGAAUGGAACCAGAACGGAAGACGCGACACAGAUUAUCACUGGUGAUUCGUGGUUUUCAACGGCGUUCGCUGAAUAUGCUCCCGACACCACAGUCCUGCCUUAUGACCACCAUAUGCUUAUGGCCCUAGUAGCACCUCGAGCGCUCCUUGUUAUCGAGAAUUCAGGUAUCGACUACCUCGGACCUAUUAGCACGUAUGGCUGUUCAAUUGCCGCCCGCAUGGUGUACACAAGUCUAGGGGCCGAGGACGCGAUAGGAUUAUCUCAAGCCGCUCAUGGAACCUCGCACUGUUCGAUGCCUAGCUCGCAAAACCCAGAGGUUGCUGCUUUCUACAACAAAUACCUCCUCGGACAGACUGACGUGGAAACCGACGUGGUCAAGACAGAUGGAAAGUUCACUUGGUAUGCGCCACAGUGGAUUGAUUGGACUACUGCGACGUUGGCGUAGGUGAAUAGGAGAUGGAAUGAUUUUCGACAUAGAUGAGACGAUUUUUUGAAUUGAUCAAUGUCCGAGAGCGAAGACUUGCUUUUGUGAUGACGAGUAUUGCUAUCAAAUUCAGGCCAAAGCAGGCCACUCAUAAAUUGUUAUGUGAUAAUCGGU